GGUUUCCCUGACAGUUGGUGCGAGUUGCAGAGCAGGCGGCAGGUUCCUGAGCAGAGACUUUGCAGAGGCGGAGGUGGAAGCGGAGGCGGCAGUGGCUGCACAACAGAAUCGCACGGCGCUAUAAUCUCAGCGACUGUCCCACAGGCAGCACCGCAAUGCUCACAGUCACUGCAGCCCCUCAGCCGCUCAGCUCCCCGGGGAAUCGGCCCGUGUCUCCCUACCUGCCCCUCACUGCCCCGGCCAAACUCACCUCCGCCUGUCAAUGAAGCGGACACUUUGCGGGGCACAAGCGCCAGUGACACAGCUCUGCUGGUUAUGUUGUAUCCUUCCUCCAGCCGGCUCCUCUCGCCUCUCUCUCUCUCCCACUCACUGUCAGAGUCUGCUUGAAAUUGCCAAUUACCAUGGAUGAAGCAGUGGAUGUCACUACGGAAAGCAACUCUCUUAUUAAAGCAGUUUACCAAAGCCGACUGCGUCUCACAAGAUUGUUAUUGGAGGGAGGAGCAUAUAUCAAUGAGAGCAAUGAUCGGGGAGAAACUCCACUGAUGAUUGCUUGCAAAACCAAACAUGUGGACCACCAAAGCGUUAGCAAGGUCAAAAUGAUUAAAUAUCUGCUAGAAAACAAUGGAGAUCCAAAUAUCCAAGAUAAAUUUGGAAAAACUGCCUUAAUGCAUGCAUGCUUGGAAAAUGCAGGUGCAGAAGUGGUCUCUUUGCUAUUAGAAAGUGGAGCCGACCCCAGCCUCCAGGAUCACACAGGUUUUUCUGCGUUGGUGUAUGCAGUUAAUUCAGAGGACAAAGAGACGCUUCGAAUUCUACUAAAUGCCUGCAAGGCUAAAGGCAAAGAAGUUAUAAUCAUCACAAAGGACAAGUCCGCAUCUGGAAAGCAGACAACAAGGCAGUACCUCAAUGUACCACCAUCUCCAUGCAUUGAAGGAAGCAAUUCCCCCAGCCCUUGCACAUCACCUUCAGAUAUUGAGCUUAAAACGUCUCCUGCUCCAGUUUCAAAUGCACUUGAAACUGAGAAACAACUCUUCAACUUUAAAGAGGCCACCUCUUCUUGUGAAUUUAAAGGCUCAUCCCAGCCUGGCUCUCCUACAAAGAAACCUCGUUUAUCACAUGUUGGAGCAAAGCUUCCUCUUCUUCAGAGACUGCAUUCUGAGCCUUGGUUAAAAAUCCCACCCUCGCUGCUACAUCAACACAAAGUAUCUUCUCUACAAGAAGAGCUGCAGGACCUCACUCCUGAUGAGGAGCUCUCUCUUCAGAUGAAUGAAUUGAUGUUCUCUAAGCGUUACUUUACUCGCCACCAGAGCAUUGAUGUGAAGGAUGCGAGUCAUUUGCUUAAAACAUUUGACACAGCAGGAGCAAGAAAACUAUCAUAUGAUGAAAUCCAUUCACAUUCUAUUUAUCCUGAAGCCACCCCAAACAGGCCAGAACCCCUUCCUGUAGACCAGGAGCCAGAUUUGAUGCACUCCAUAUCAGUAUCAAGCUUGAAAAGUAUUGUGCAAAGGAGAAAUUUAGGAGCAAAUCACUAUAGCUCUGAUUCCCAGCUUACAACCCGUGCUGCUCCAGCUGCAGCAGAAGACAGCAAAUCUCUUUUGGAAAAGAAAAAAAUGUUAUUCCCACAAUCACUGCUAACAGGCUCAAGAGAAUCUCUAGAGAGUGUAUCUGUAACAACUUUGAGCAGAAGAAAUCAUGCCAUUUUAGAGAGGCGGGGCUCAGGAGCAUUACUCUUAGACCAUAUUGCUCACACCAGGCCAGGGUUCCUUCCACCAUUGAAUGUGAACCCUCACCCACCUAUCCCUGAUAUAAGUGUCCACAGCAAACUCAUAUCUUCAGGAACAAAACCACUCAUACCAUCAGCUCCACACCUCCCUAAAGAACCAAAAAGCAAGAAAAUGCUCCUUCGGAGGCAUUCAAUGCACACAGAACAGAUCAAACAGCUAAUGAACCUGGAGGAGAUCUUUGGCUAACGCGGCCAUUCAAGAGAACAUCUUUCUUUUUUUUUUUAAAUUCAACAAGGUCAUUCGCCAUUUGCACCUGGUGCACAAAUGCUUCAGACCUUUUCUGUAAAGAAAACAGAGCUGUUCAGCUUAUGCUGGAUAAAUUAUUCAAGCAAAAAAGUGCUUGUUAUAUAGCAGUAAUUAUAGUUUUCUCUACAAUAUAAAUGAAUUGCUGUCCUACGGAGUUUCCACCAGGCCUCGGGUCUUUGGGCUUAACUGGGGCUAAUAUCUGAAUGGAUCCUUUUUGCCGAUAGAAUAUUACUAUUUCUCUAUUACUUUUACCAGUGAGGUGAAUGACAAGGAAAUGUCACUUGCACUUAUUGUUUAGCAAUCCUACAUGCUUAAUAGCACGUAAUUGCCUUUUUUUCAAUGAAAUUCAGCCAUUUUUGAGUGUAUCACAUGUUUAUGAAGCAUCCUUGCCUUGGGACAGACUAAUAUUUGCCUUGGUAUCUAAAGUCAUAUUUUUAAUCUCCCAACAGGGUCAGAACAUGGAACUUGAUACGUUUGCUGACAGAAUGAGUUCUACGUCCUUGAUUUACAGCAUGGCCUAGAUACACAAAUGAUGUAGGCACAAACUCAACCUCUACUUUUUUUUGUUGUUUUUAAUGAUUACCAGUUGCACAGAUGUACUUGAGUAUAAAUAGAAUCCUUGUGCUACAUACACCUUGCGUCACAUUUGUGAUUUAUGAACACUAUUUUUCAUUUCUUUAAUACCACGUUUGCUGCUAGUGACGCCAGGAAUUGGAAAUGACCUCCCAGGGCCUCCCUGUGCUUCUGGAAAUGGAGGAUAUAGUGUUUCCUGCUGCAAACGGGCAGAUUUUUUUUAAGUAUCAAAAAGGUCCCAGGGCCAUGAUCCUGAUGCGGGCAGUGUGUGUGAAUAAGUUCUGUGCAAACUAAAUGGACUGGGCCUGAUAAAGAGGAAGGGAAAGGAUUGGCUCUGUGCUGUGAUGUACUGUAAGGGGGUUUUAUUGGAAUGGUACAGUCCAUUAUAGUGUUUGUUUCUUUUCAGAUAUCUAGUUAUGUAAAUGAAAGGCCAUGCGCUGUGAGCAUUAUUGUGCUUGUUAUGUACCAGCUGCCCAGCCAGAGGCCUCACCUGACUUACGCUCUCCAUUGUUUGCUCUUCCAGCUGCAUCAAUGGACGUUAAACCAAAGAACUGCACAAAACUCCAAAUUUGACUUUGAAAUACCAAAUAUGUAAUCAUAGGAAGCUGAAGAAAACCCAGUACUGUGAUGUAUGGGUGCAGAUUUUGCAUGAGGCGGGAUUAACCCUAGUAUUUAUUUUAAAUCUCCUUUUCUUUAUACAGGUUGGAGGGUACAAUGUUAGACCCCUAGAGGGUGGAUUUUAUUGAGUGCUAAAGCUAAAUUAGCUUAGACAAACUAAAUGAAACCAUUCUAGCUGAGCCAGAAAUUGUGCUCUACGUUUCGUUCUUUAUGGGCCUGGAACUGCACAAUUUGAAACCUUUUUUCUCUGGUUUAUUUUUUUCUUAAAAAAACCAAUCAGCCAUUUUUAAUCCUUUAAUACUGAAGGAAUGCAUCAUUUAUUUAGUCCCGUACAGACCUGACGUGACCGUGACUUGCUGUGCUUAACCCUUAAGCCACCUUUGUUUUUAGGCUCCGUUUGAGUAAGAAUUAAAUGUAAAUAGCAAAGAUAUAACUGUACACUGUGUUAUAGUGCAAGUGUGAAGCCGUGUAGCAGCUGUUUACAUUCCUAUUUUAAGAGAUACAUUGAAGAGUGUUUGAAGUGGUACUUAAAUAAUUGAACUAUUAAACUAACGAUCCUUUGACUUUUGCACAUUAAGAGGAGAAUUUCAUGCUCUCUUUGGUGUGAACAAGUGGACUUUCCCUGUAUUGUGAGCUGCAUAAUCAAACCAAGUGCUCCUGUUGGAAAAAAAAAAUAGUAUAAAAAGCUACGAGCGUAAUUAAGCUCUGCUGUAUUUAUUGAAGCUUGAAUGUUAAAUUGUAUAAUUUCUGGUAAAUUAUAGUAAACAUGGGCAAUAUUUGUCAAUAUUACUAAAGUA